ACAUGUGAGCACGAGGUGGUCGUCAUCGGACCCUCCCCCUGUGUGUCCACAGACCAGUCUGCACUCUAGCAAACCCUCCCACUUCAAACAACACUCUGGCAGUAAUAGCACGGAUCCCUCCUUCUGUCCCCACACGCAAAUUCCAUUUUCACACCGGCUGCCUACUCCAGGCAUGGCUGACGGCUGUACCCAGUCAUGGCACUGCGACAUUACACCCUCGACUUCAACCUCUCAGCGCCAGCAGACUGUCCAACGACUGUGCAUGGGCUGCAGUCUAUAUUUCAAGAACAGGAAAUGACAGAGACUGUCCAUGACACUGAGGGACAUGGAUAUCUUGCUACCUUCAUUGGCAAGAAUGGCAGGUUGGUUAUUCUGCGUGUGACCGCCCAUGGCCUGCUUACCAUUGAUCUGCAGUGUUGUGAAGGAGAUAACAUUGUACAAGUAGAGAAUCUUUUGAAUACACUGGAAGAGAAGCUGAGAAGUCUCCUACAUGGAAACAUUAAGAGGGUCAAGAGGCUCCCAGCUCUGACACGAGGUGCAGCUGUUGAUCGAUACUGGCCCACAGCAGACGGCAGACUGGUGGAGUAUGACAUAGAUCGGGUUGUAUACGAUGAGGACUCUGCAUACCAGAACAUAAAGAUCAUGCACUCGCAGCAGUUUGGCAAUAUCCUGAUCCUCAAUGGGGAUGUUAAUCUGGCAGAGAGUGACCUGCCCUACACCCAGGCCAUCAUGGGCAGAGGGCAAGAGAACUAUGCAGGGAAGGAGGUGCUGAUCUUAGGAGGCGGCGAUGGAGGAAUCCUCGCAGAGGCCGUCAAACUCAAGCCAAAGAUGAUCACCAUGGUGGAGAUCGACCAAAUGGUGAUUGAUGGGUGUAGAACACACAUGAGGAAGGCAUGUGGAAGUGUUCUGGACAACCUGAAGGGAGAAUGUUACCAGGUGUUGGUAGAGGACUGCGUUCCUGUUCUUAAAAAGUAUGUUGAGGAAGGGAAGACGUUUGAUUACGUUAUCAAUGACCUCACAGCGGUCCCCAUCUCCACAGCGCCAGAGGAGGACUCUACAUGGGAGUUCCUACAGCUUAUCUUGGAUCUCUCAAUAAAAGUACUGCGUCCUACUGGGAAGUACUUCACACAGGGUAAUAGUGCCAAUCUGACUGAGACACUGGCUCUUUAUGAGGAGCAGCUGGGAAGGCUCUCAUGUCCUGUAGACUUCUCCAAGGAGGUGGUGUGUGUGCCCUCUUAUAUGGAACUGUGGGUUUUCUACACCAUUUGGAAGAAGUGAAGAGCCCCACCCCCCGGUCUCCUCCAUACGCUGCCUGCCGGAAUGUGAAAACUGUCCACCCCCCCAUUGUCCGCCGUCGCACUGAGGGGAGAGAUGACCCCCCCCCAUUUCUACUCACACUGUUUUAUUAUCCUUCCAUGUCCAACUCUCUCUUAAACCCUUUUUACAUCUUAGUUGUAUCAUUUUAUGUCCAAACUUACAAGAGAUUGUAUUUCUGUUAGUUGGAUAUUUUGAAUUGGGCUGUUGUUUUUGCGUGUGCCCUCCAGGGAGAGCUGUGGGGCUGACCGUGUAGGGCUGCUGCCACUGGUCUAGGGUUUAGACUUCUCUGACUAUAGCCUGGUUCCAGACCUGUCUAGGGUUUAGACUUCUCUGACUAUAGCCUGGUUCCAGACCUGUCUAGGGUUUAGACUUCUCUGACUAUAGCCUGGUUCCAGACCUGUCUAGGGUUUAGACUUCUCUGACUAUAGCCUGGUCCCAAUCUCAGAGAAGUCUAAAGCCUAGACAGAUCUGGGACCAGUAUUUAAACACUCUUGGUACACCUACCCCUUCAGGGUGUUGUUACUUUUCAAAUUUGACUUAAAACAGCACCAACAUACAAUAGGCUUUUGGGUUCUGAUUGUGUGAUAGGAUAUGUGCUCGCCGUAGUUUCAAAUGAAUGUCUGUCUGUGCGUUUGAUUGUUUUUCUUCUUUUGUUGUAGCUAACUGGCUUGAGUGUGAUUUGAUUCCCAGUCCUUUCCAAGUGUGACCCUGGCCAUUGAAGCUGAAGUGUCCAAAUGUGUUUUUAAAAGGGAAAAAGGUUUCUUGCUUGUACUGCUUUAAUGUGAAUUGUGUUUUUAUUAUUUAGCACCUUUUUAGUUUCUCCUGCUGGAUCUUAUUUUACAUAUUCAGUUUAGAAUUUUUCUCUAAGUUUGUUUGGUGCAUGUGCUGGAAAUUUAAAUAUUUUUAUUGAAUGUAGCUUCCCAUAUACACAGUGCAACUUCAUGCCUUUGAUCAAUAUUGUGGUGCUUUGUUAAAUGUAUUUAUUUGAUAUUAUUUCACCAAAUGCUGUUUUAUCCAAAAUACCUUUUUGUUCAGCAGUGACUACCUGCUAUUAAAAAUGAGUUGGAGAAGAAAAUGUUUUUCUUUUGCUUGAUUCAGAAGAGUAUAUCAGAUAUCUUAGCUAGCAGUCACAACUGACAGACAAUUUGGGUGUUUCUACUGAAAGUACAGAAUCAUACCAAUGCAAACUCAAUACAGAUUUUCUUGCAUUUCCUUUUGAAAUUCAUUCAACCAUGAGCAAUGUUGAUUUCAAUAAACCUUCCCCUUUGUUAA